AUGAGAUUGUCAGCAUUCCUGCUGGUCCUCUCGGGCCUCUCUGGCCUGACCGUUGCAUGGGAUGAUCCCAGUGGCUGUGUUGAAGGCAUCAGAACGGUUCUGGCGGAAGUUACUUUCAAUGCCAGUGAUCCCGCAGAUUACUGGACGAAUUUGUGCGCUACAGAUAUGAUUGUGAGGUCGUUGUGGGUUGCCGCAAAGCUAUACUGUACUCCUUUCGAGAUCAAGGCCGGCGGACGAACUUUUGGAGGGUAUUGCGAGGAGUACGGCUCUGUCGAAUUGACGCCGUACUCUAAAGUGCGCCCGGAGCUCACGGACGAGUAUAUAAACUCCCUUCCUCUUGUCGGAUACAGUGACAUUGAGGCUCAUACAAUUUGGAAUACAUCUAUUCGACUGUCAGAAGAAGUUGUCAUGUCUGGUGUCCAUACUUAUGUUUACUUCGAAUAUGAAUACAUUCUUCAUGAAAGAUACGGCUGGGCCUUGUAUGGAUUCUGGGGAGGACUUCUCCUUGUUGGAAUCAUCAACCGCCUCAUCACACAUUUCAGCCAGUCCCGUCGUGCCAACACCUCGGCUGAUCUUGAGGGUGGUCAACAAGUCUCAAAAGCUUCGAAGCCUAUUGCUGUUGUCAGCUCGAUCUACCACUGGUUCAGAGCAAACUUCAUUAUCCCUGCGACAUUCGGAUCGCACCACAGUCGGCCGGUAUUGUGGUCGACCAUCCCUACACGUCUCGAGACGUUGGUCGUCGUAUUAUUCUACAUCUUGACAUUUAUCAUGUGUUGUGUGAGCUACUAUAUCAUCUAUCCAAAUUUCUACUACACGAAAGCACAGCAAGCCUGGCGGUAUAUCGCUGAUCGCACCGGCAUUAUGUCUUAUGCCUGUCUACCCUGGCUGUUCAUGUUUUCUGGCAGAAACAACGUCUUCUUGUGGCUCACUGGUUGGAGUUUCGGGACCUUCAACAUUUUCCAUCGCCACAUUUCCCGUGCUGCCACUAUUUUAGCGAUCGUGCACUCAAUAAAUUAUUCUGUCUUGGAGGCUGGAUUUGAUUAUUACACCGAGUCAUGGAAAGAGCAAUACUGGUAUAUGGGGAACAUGGCUACUAUUGCAAUGAGUUUGAUCUUAUUGUUCUCCAUGAUGUGGUUCCGUGUCAAAUCCUAUGAAGUGUUUCUCCUGAUUCACAUUGCGCUCUCUGUGGUCACACUGGUUGGCCUGUUCUACCACACAAAGAUCUUUGAUGGCGAAUACAAUGGUUAUCUCUGGCCUCCAGUGGCAAUAUGGUGCUUCGACCGAGCAGCUCGUAUUGUCCGGUGGAUGUACUGUAAUAUCCAUGUGAGGUCAAAUUCCGUCCUAGCGACCAAGGCUUUGGCGACCUACAAUAAGGAUGGCGACUUUGUCAGGCUCGAAAUUGUCCCUGGUUCUGAUUUCUUGAAACCAGGGCCGGGUCAGCACUAUUAUCUCUAUCAACCGCUCAAGUGGAAGGGCUGGGAGAACCACCCUUUCACCUUGGCAGCGUAUGAGACCAUCGGAAGGGCUGGUGCAGCGGCCGAGGUGGAAACGAAUGUCACUAAGGAGGCUAUCGAGAAAGAAAUCCAAGCUCACCCCGAGAGCUCGGGCUCGGACACUCCUACCCGGAGCAUUUCAGUUCGGUCACAGCAUGACGUUACUGCUUUCCCUGAUGCCGUGGGUCGGCAGAAGCUCACUUUCAUUGUACGUCCGUUCGGUAGUUGGACAAGGAGACUGAAAGAGGAAUGCCUCAAGUCACCUGACGGGGUGAUCGCGCCCAAAAUCUUCAUCGAAGGUCCUUAUGGCGAACGAAGCCCGCUCCUCUCAUUUGAGACUGUCGUCUUCAUCGUCGGAGGCAGUGGUAUCGCUGGAGCACUGCCCUAUAUGCAGCAACAUAUCAAAGCCAAAGAACAGGGUGGUGAAGAUGCAGGCGACGGCAAGAAGCUGACCACCAUCACAAGAGACAUACAUUUCAUCUGGACCACCAGGCAAUCCACCAUGAUCCGUGAUGUGGCGGCACGCGAGCUGCAGCCUAUGCUCGGACGCGAUGACGUUCACUUUCACCUACAUGCCACAUCCGGGAAGGAGGCCAUCCAUGGCAGUGAUUCGGACAGCCAGGCCAGUGCUGUGGUUGAGACUAGAAAGCUGGCUCCUGUGAUAAGCGCCCGUGAGAAAAUCAAUAUCACAUAUGGCCGCCCUGAUAUCAAGGCUUCCAUUUCCGAAAUCAUCGAAGAGGUCAAUGAUGCCGGUUCAAAGGGUGGCAGAAUAGCCAUCCUCACAUGCGGACCGGCAGCUAUGGCGGACGAUGCCAGGGCUGCGGUGCAUGCCGCUCUGAAGCAGGGCAAGAGAGGUGUCGAAUAUUUUGAGGAGACGUUCGGGUGA